AUGGCGAAAAGGAUGUACAUAAAAGACGUGAUAAUGUUUAUCCCGAUUUUAAAUUUUGGUCAGUUCGUGCUUGCCCAUGACCAAACAGCACUGAUUUAUACCAUUUGGGUUAAUUUUAUCGGAUUUUUCGUGAUUAUCGUCCUGUACACGAAUAAUGUAUGUGUGCUGGAAGCUUGUUUCAAGGAUAUAAAUAAUAACUUAGUUAACGUGAGGGAAACUAUAAUUAAUGACGAGCCUCACCUCCUCAGAAGGGUUUAUCACACACGAAAGAAUCCCAUGUUACUGGCAGAGUUGAGAAUGCUUAAGAAGCAACAUCUAGAGAUCAGCGAAGCUGUUAAGAUGUUGAAUUCUGCAUUUGGUUCAACGAAUCUAGCAAUAUUCACAUUUUUAUUACUAGACGUUACGUUCAAUCUCUACAAAUACCUUGUGGAACUGAACCAAGGAGGCAGACUCACAGAAUUGUUCUCCUACACUUUGUUCUUUGUACUUUACUAUGCCACAUAUGUGAUUCUAAUUAUUUGGUACGUCGAGAAGGUCAAGACACAAGUUAGACAAAUUGGUUCGAAUAUACAUCGACUUGUCAUACACACGUAUGAUAAAGAAAUCACAAACGAGUUGAAGUUGUUUUCGUUGCAAGUGUUACAAAGAGAGAUUACGUUCACAGCGACAGGGUUUGUAAUAGACGCGACUCUUCUGACCAAGGCAGUGUGUAGCAUUACUACGUUCCUCUUAAUACUAAUACAAUUUCUGGUGAAACCUUGUUAA